AUGUUUCACACAAUCGUGCAGUGCGUUCUGUUUUUCGUUAUCGUUUACUGCUACCGGUUAUGGCAGAACCGUCGAACGCGGGUGUUGCUGGGUCGUGUGCCUGGCCCAUCGAAUUUACCUCUCAUCGGUUCGAUGUAUGUCAUCCCCGGUCGGGAUACAUCUCGAUAUCUUAAAACAUUGAUCGAUUUGGCCGGCACGUUUGGAUCCCCGUGCUGCAUCUGGCUCGGACCUGUACCGGUAGUGAUCGUUAGUACGGCUGACCAUGCUCGAAUAAUACUGACCUCACCAGCAACCUUGGAGAAAGCGAGCUUCUAUCGCUUUACACCGCUACAGGGCAUCUUUUCACUUCCGGCACAUAAAUGGCGCGCCCAUCGGAAAAUGAUUCAACCGAGCUUUAAUCAGUCCAUUUUGCGCAACUUUAUACCACUGUUUGAGCAAAAGGCUGAGGCGAUGGUGUGUGGGCUAUCCGAAAUGGUGGAGAAUGGUGAACUGUUUGAUAUCUAUCGCUUUACCGCCCGUUGCACGUUGGAUAUGAUUUUUGCCACCACACUGGGAACUGAUAUGCACAUUCAGGAAACUGCUGCUUGUACCUAUUUGGAUGUACUGGAGGAGUUAUUCGAAAUCGUAACCAUUCGUGCGGUCAACAUUUUCCUUCAUCCUCAGUGGCUUUACCGAUGGACCUCCGUGUAUCGCAAAGAGGUGAAAGCAUUGGAAGAAUUUUGCCGUCCAUCGAAAACAAUUCUGUACGAGAAACGAACGCCUCGAACAGUGACCACAAGUGGCAACCAGUUCGGUCUAGUUGAUCAGCUGCAAAGCUCAACACUCGAUAACGAAGCCGUAGAGCACGAGCUUAACACCAUUAUCUUCGCCGGCAAUGAGACAAGUGCCAUGACCGUGGCCAACACCAUCCUGCUGUUGGCAACGCACCCGAAUGUUCAGGAAAAACUUUACCAGGAGCUGCGAGUUCAGUGUGGACCCGAGGUGGAAAACAUUGGCUACGAAACUUUGAACCGCCUCACCUACAUGGAGAUGGUACUGAAGGAGUCGUUGCGAUUGCUACCAAUUGCAGCCGUAAUUGGACGAAGAACGUCGGAGGAACUCGAUCUGGGUGGUUAUCGCCUACCAGCCGGUAUCGACAUCAUAAUCGACAUAUUCGAUAUUCAUCGCAAUCCUGCUUACUGGGGCCAUGAUGCCGAUCGCUUUCGACCGGAACGGUUCGAAGCGCUCCAGUAUGAUCGGUUUGCACUGCUGCCUUUCAGUGCCGGGUCGAGGAAUUGUAUCGGUUUGCGGUAUGCUUGGCUGUCGAUGAAGACUAUGCUGCUGAAGGUACUCACACGCUACCGCAUUGAAACAGAUCUCAAGUUGGAAGAUUUGUCCACCAAAAUUGCUCUUACGAUGAAGAUUACCAACGGACAUAUGGUGCGCCUGAAACGGAGACAAUAA